AUGAUGCCAUCUCCUGUUCUCCUUUGUCUAUCAACUGCUAUAAUUGAAUCCAUGGCAGGAAUUCUAGGAACUGGAAUAAUCUUGGCUGCCUGUUCAUCAAGCUGCAUUAGGAGCAAAACACGGUCCCCAUAUGAUAUGAUCAUGGUCUCGCUGAGUUCAUCUAAAAUUGCAUUACAAUGCUGGAUUAUACUGGAUUUAUUCUUGAAAAUAUUUUGUGAACCCUCCUAUUUUAAAGAAAAUAUAUUUGGAGUUGUCAAGACAAUGUAUGUGUUUCUGAACUACUGCAACCUCUGUUUUGGAGCCUGUCUUAGUGUCUUCUAUUGUAUCAAGGUUACCAGUUUUACACAGCCUUUCUUCACCUGGCUGAAGCAAAGAUUUGCCAGGCUGGUGCCCUGGAUGCUGCUCACAUCAUGCCUCUGCUCCAUCACAGCUGCAAUUCCCUUCGCCUGGGACGUCUACGGUGGGCACAACAACUUCACUGCUCCUUCAUCCCUGACAAACUCUUCAGCAAUGAGAACCACAAGGAAAGACACUUUGGGCAUAUUAAUUCUUCUCUCUAAUAUUGGUAUAGGUAUGCCUUUAAUACUGUCUGUUGCUUCAAGUGUUCUGCUGAUUUGGUCUCUCUGGAUACACACCAGACGGAUGCAAAAUAAUGCAAGUGGCUCCAGGGAUCCCAGCUUAGAGGCACAUAUCAGUGCCAUCAAGUCAGUCUGUUCCUUACUUAUCUUUUACGUUUCAUAUUUUAUAGCUUUCACUUUUCUUUUAUACAAUUUAUUUUUAAGUUUUAACAUUGAAAAAUCCAUAUGUGUAGCUGUAAUGGCUGCCUGUCCUACAGGACACACAAUGGUUUUAAUUUGGAGCAAUCCAAAAUUUCGAGAGCUGCCAGCUCGGAUUUGGCAUCGCACUAACUGUCACGUGAGAACUGCAUCCAUGUAA